GUAGUUCCACAUUCCCAUUUUCCUCAUCAGAUAAGUCAGAUAUGUGCUCUGAAAAAUAGUCAUCAUUUUUAGAUAUUUAAAGUUCACGCCCAGUCGCCCAGAUUACUCCAAUAUAAAAUCAAUAUUAAUCCUACAAUUUCUUGAAAAUUUUUCUAGAAAAAAUUCGUGUUGACUGACCAGAGUCCACGAAUUUUUGUUUGAAAAAGUUAGAAAAUCUCACAAAACACUUGUUUUCGAAAUGACUGAAAUACAUAAAUUUGGAUCUGUUAAUCCAAUUACAUGUCAUGCCUGGAAUAAAGACCGGAAUCAAAUCGCAUUUUCCCCUAAUAAUCAAGAAGUUGAAAUCCAUAAGAGAACGGGCAACGACUGGAAGUUACUGGAUACUUUAAAUCAGCAUGAUCUACGAGUAAUGGGAAUUGAUUGGGCUCCAACUACUAACAGAAUAGUGACUUGUGCUAGUGACAGAAACGCAUAUGUCUGGAGCCAAGAAAAAGAUGGAAAAUGGAAGCCAACUCUAGUUCUUUUAAGAAUUAAUAGGGCCGCUACUUGCGUUAAAUGGUCUCCAAAUGAGAAUAAAUUUGCUGUUGGCUCUGGAGCUCGUCUUAUAUCCAUAUGUUACUUUGAAAGUGAAAAUGAUUGGUGGGUCUCUAAGCACAUUAAGAAACCCAUUCGAUCAACAGUUACUACCUUAGACUGGCAUCCAAACAAUGUGCUUCUAGCUGCUGGAAGUGCAGAUUUUAAAGUAAGAGUUUUCUCUGCUUAUAUUAAAGAUAUUGAAAAAACCCCUGAACCUACACCUUGGGGAAACAAAAUGCCAUUGGGUCAAGUUAUGGCAGAGUAUGUUAAUUCAUCUGCUGGUGGUGGUUGGGUCCACUGUGUCAGUUUUUCAGCCGACGGGUCUAAAGUUUGCUGGGUAUCACAUGAUUCAUCGAUUAAUGUUGCUGAUCCUAGUAAAGGAAAUACUUUUAUAAAAUUAAAAACUGAAUUUCUUCCAUUCUUAAACUGUACCUGGAUAAGUACUAAGGCCAUAGUUGCUGCUGGACAUAGUUGUGUCCCUGUAAUUUAUAACUUGACUGAAAGUGGUCAAUUAGUUUUUGGUGGAAAAUUGGACACAUCCCAAAAGAAAGAAUCAGGGGGAUUAUCUGCAAUGAAAAUGUUUCAUUCAUUGGACAAACAAGCGAGAACCGAAAUGUCAGAUACCAAUAUAGAUUCAAUCCAUCAGAAUGCUAUAACUUGUUUAUGUAUUUAUAAUGGGACUAAAGGUAAAGCCACAAAAAUAAGCACAUCUGGAUUGGAUGGACAGUUGGUGAUUUGGGAUAUCAAUUCCUUGGAAAGGUCAAUUCAAGGUUUAAAGAUUCAGUAAUUUCACACACUACCAUUUUAUGUAAGAGAUAUCCAAUAUGAAACUUAAAUAAAAAUAAAAUUAAAUUAAAUUUA